AUGGGCCGCAAGACGUACGACUCCAUCCCGCCGAGACUCCGUCCACUCGGGAAACGGCUGAAUGUGGUGAUUUCAAGGGAUCCAGAUGGAAGCGUUGCGGAGCGCGUGAAAAUCGAUUUGGAGAGCAAAUUGGAGAGGGAGAGGGAGGCUGCGGAGGCGAAGGCCAAACAGCAGCCUCAGAAUCAGGCUGAGGGUAGGAAUUCGGGGGAGGAGCCAGUCAAUGCGGCUGCUGUGACUGCAGUUGUUGCGCCCCCUGUGAAAGAGGGGAGCACAGGGGCGUUUGUGGAGAGGAGUCUUGAGGAGGCGCUGAGGAGGCUUGAUAAUGCUGCUGCCGGUGAGGAAGGUGUUGGGAAUAUUUACGUGAUCGGGGGUGCGGAGAUCUAUAAUGCGUCAUUGAAAUUGGGCUCGAGAUCCGAAAACGAGCGGACGAUCCGGAUUGUCAUGACGGAUGUGGAGAAACUUGAUGGGAGUGGGUUCGAAUGUGAUACUUUUUUCCCAGUUGAUGCGGAGGAACUUAACAGUGGGAAAUGGAGGAAGGUUAGCCCUGCUGAAGUAACAGGGUGGGUUGGUGAGGAGGUUACAGGCGAGUGGACUGAGGAAGGGGAUGUCAGAGUGCGGAUGGUUGGUAGUUGUGUCAGCAUUGAAUAG